AAUAUGAUUAAUAUCAAAAAAUUAUUGUGCCUUUUUUGUAUAGUUAAUAUUACCCUAUGCAUUUCCGAUUUAAGUUAUGAUACAAUAACUGAUAUUUAUGUUGAACAUGAAUUGAUUCCUGGGGCUGGUUUUACCAAGCGUAGUUCCAUUGCUGUCAGUUUAGAGACUAAAAAUGAUGUUUUGUCCGAAACUAAUAUUAAUGAUUCAGAUUUACAAUUACUAAAAGAAUUAGCAUUUAACAAUGAAAUUUAUAGGUUGAAAGUUACAGUCAAAACAUUGUCUGGAAAAGAAACCAGUUUUCUGUCAUUUACUAAAGCGUGUCUAAUAAUUGGAUCUAAGUUGAAAGAUAUCCUAACAUUGCACUUAGAUCAUCUAGACUCUCCGUUUGCCGUUAACUUGGCUACAACAUCUAACAGCUGUGAUCAUUUUAAUGAAUUGAAUACAAAUAAAUUUACAACUACUGUAUUUUUUAGAAGACCAGAAAACAGUCCUGUACCUGAUACUGCUACAUAUAUUCAUAAGAUGGAGCGUGAGCGAGAAGCAAGAGAAAAAGGAAAAUCAAAUAAUAACAAAUCUAUGCUUGGAAAAUAUUGGAUGUAUAUAGUACCAUUAGUCAUAUUUAUGAUGGUGGCUGGGGCAUCAAAUCCAGAAGGAAGACAGUAAAUGUAAAAUAAUUCAUUUUUAAUAUUAUUUUCCUCACCAAAUGUA